GAACUCGUUUUCCACACAAAUCGCGGCUCCAGCGUGAUGCUCGGGCUGAAGGAGACGUUGGCCGAGUGUCAGGGUGCGUGUGGAGGUGUUGUGGUGUCACGUGAUGCUCUGGUGUCGAAUGUUUUGUAUCAGGUAUCGGUAAUGGAAAUGAGACGAGAUUGGCAAUCAGAUGAUAUAAAAUUUUGUGGAAUAACACAAACAUAUCCCAACGAUUUGAACAUCAAACAGCGGAUGUGUGAGAUGGUGGAUGUUCAGACAGCAGACUGGCCAGACAACGUUGAUGAGGAUGUUGACACAUCAAAGGCCGUAGGAUUGAUGAUCGACUCCACCGACAACCUUCACAUUUUUCUCCAAGAACGGGACUUGGGCAUCGCCUUGAGCAAUGUUCAGCGACCUUGCUACGCAGUUUUCGACCUCAGCAUCAACGUGUCACAGGUUCUUGCACUUUCUGCAAUUAUAGUAUGAGAAAAUGUCAGCCAGGGCACAAGCAGUCAAGGCACAAGCAGCCAGGACACGAUUUUGACAUGAUCACAGUGGGAUAUAUUUUACCUUUGC